GUAUCAUUUUCAUGAUCCAACCAUGGCAGAAGAAGCUAAGAAAAUCAUCUUCGGAAAAUACGAAAUCGGAGCCCUCCUCGGCCGCGGCGCCUUCGCCAAAGUCUACCUCGGCCGCCGCCUCCCUUCCUCCGCGGACGCGGCGGAAGAGACGGUGGCGAUCAAGGUGAUAAAAAAAGACGAGGCGCUCAAGAGCGAGAAGACGACGGAGCAGAUCACGCGCGAGAUCGCCGUGAUGCGGCGCGUGCGCCACCCCAACGUCGUCGAGCUCAAGGAGGUCAUGGCCACCCGAUCCAAGAUCUACCUCGUCAUGGAGUACGCCGCCGGCGGCGAGCUCCUCUCCGCCGUCCGCCGCCGCCUCGACGAGUCCGCCGCGCGCAGCUACUUCCAGCAGCUCAUCGCCGCCGUCGACUUCUGCCACAGCCGCGGCGUCUUCCACCGCGACAUCAAGCCGGAGAAUCUCCUCCUCGCCGCCGACGGCCGCCUCAAAAUCUCCGAUUUCGGCCUCUCGGCGCUCUACGAAAACCCUAGCUCCGGCGCCGGCGAUCUCCUCCACACGCGGUGCGGCACGCCGGCCUACACCGCGCCGGAGGUCCUCCGGACGAAGGGCUACGACGGCGCGAAGGCGGAUAUUUGGUCGUGCGGCGUCGUAUUGUACGUCCUCCUCGCCGGAUUCCUCCCCUUCGACGACCGGAAUCUCGCCGUCAUGUUCAGGAAGGCGAUCAGGUCGCAAUACUCGAUCCCGCCGUGGUUCUCCACCGAAGCGAAGCGUUUAAUGUACAAAUUGCUGGAUCCGAAUCCGGGUAAACGGAUCUCGAUUCCGGGUAUAAUGCGGGUCCCGUGGUUUAAAAUCGGGUUGCAAAACCCUAAUUCGAUGUCGAUCGAUGAUGCUGAGACUAAAAUCGAAGAAACGGUUGAGAAAUUAUACCCUAAUUCUCCGGCGAUACUGAAUGCGUUUCAGCUGAUCACCUCGUUGUCGACCGACCGGUUCGACCUGUCGUCUGAACGGAGAGGGGACUUUACGUUUACGUCGAAGCGAUCAGCUAAGGUGACAUUGGGGAAAAUUGAGAUGGUGGGGAAGAAAUUAGGGUUUAGUGUUUCGAGGUUGAAGGACUUCAAAUUGAGGUUGUUGGGGGCGGACGAGGGGCGGAAAGGGCGGCUCUUGGUCACGGCCGAGGCGUUCAAGGUGGGGCCGGAGGUGACGGUGGUUGAGUUUUCGAAGGUUUCUGGAGACACUUUGGAGUGUAUUAGGUUUAGGGAGGAGGAGAUUAGGCCAGGGUUGAAGGAUAUAGUUUGGACAUGGCAAGGAGAUACUAGUUUUAUGUGUUGUGAUCAAAUUAAUGGUCAAGACGAUGAUAAACACAACUCAGUUGGUAAGACACUUCUUCUCGGUUCGAGUUAUCAUGGGGUAAAUGAGAACCAAUGUUGAUCCACGUAUCAUUGCUAUCAUCAUUCUUAUUUAUUUGUAUGGAGUAUUUAUUAUUAGUAUAUAUUUUUACAAUUCAUAGUAUAUAGUGGAAUUUUUAGUUCUAUUGUACAGAUGGGUUGAUGGAUCAAAUAUUUGGAUCCAAAUCCAUGCAUAUUUAUAAUUUGUAAAUGUAUAGCAUGAGAUAGUAUAAAAUCUCUUGUUCCUUAGAAAGAUCUCACACGAAGAUAUAGAAAACUUCCUUGACCUAUAGGGUGAUCAAGAAAGUAGUGAUAACAAGAGAUGAAGCAUUGGCUAUGAGGAAUCCAUCAAUCCACAUCUGACGUGUGAACUGUGACAACUCUGUACUAUAGCGAUAGCUAGAUACGGAUAAGCAAGCAUGCAAUACAUAUGGUGAGCCAGAUCGAUAUUCAAAGAGCCUAACAUGGCUUGGUUAAGAGACAAUAGAACCAUGCCACGGUUGUGUUUGGAUCUUAUAUAGGCCUUCGCCUACAAAAUGACCUUUAUGACCUUUUAGCCCGUGAUUCACAAAAUUCUUUUUUUUCGGGUGAUGUAUAAGCUUAUGAUUCUUUUCGAAAUUAUGUACUAUAUGAUUGAUUUGUAUUUGCUUGUAUAUUGGUUUAUAUAUAGCUUAAUGUGCAUGUAUUAUAGUUUGAGUGUGUGGUGUCUAUGUUAGUUAUGUAAUGUUUUCAUAUGUGAUUUAUUGGAGUAGUAUUUCUUUUCA